AGUGUUAGAGUAAGAGGGAGUGAAAGAUGGCUGCUGCACUGCUCCUAUUCAUCUUCUUAGUCUCUUCCUCUUUGCUUGAUCUUUCUGCCUCCCAAGACUGCAAUCUGAGCAAUGAAGAGAAAUUCAACUGCAGUUCACUUGAUGAUACUACUCAUCCUUCAAUCAUAUAUCAGGACUCACCAUUUACCAUUGAGAUAUACAGGACCAAUGCCAGUCUCUUAAUAUCUAAUGCAUCUCUCUUUAUUAGUACCAAUGGUUACUGUGGGCCUCAUUCAUUUGCUAGUGGAGUCCAGUGCUCUGUGGUAUCAACUGAGGGUGUAUCUAACUCCACCAUUACUUGUUCUAAUGGUUUUCAUGUUGGACCUGCUGUCCUUAUCAUUGGAUUGAAUGAUUGUGCUCUUUCAUUGUAUGUACAGUGGGGCCAAUUGCCUACAUUGUCCAUCCAGGAAAAUGGAGAAGACAUUGAUGUCCUUGGUAAUAUUUAUGUUGUUCAUGAUCAGGCGACUCCAUUCAAUGUUGUCUGCUCUGUGUCUCCUCCUAGUGAGUUAUUUCUUCCAGUCCUUAACGCUAGGAAACUGGAUGGGAACUCUCCUAUUGAGGGACUCAAUAUUUAUCAGGGAGGCGACAGGAUUACUGCUAGUUUUGGCGAAGGAUUCAGUUUGGAUUUCUCUGGAGUUUAUACAUGUUCUUCUUCAUUCAAUGCCAGCACUAUUUUGUUCAUUGUGACUGCUCAAGAUAUUCCAAGUGUCUAUUAUCCUAAUGGGAAUACAGUUAGCAGUGUUAUACUUGGUAGCCCAUUGAGCAUAAAAGCAGCUAUACUUACUGAGAGACCAAUUGAUACUGACUCUGUUCAGUUUAUGAGCCUCAACUCAGUACCAACCACUGGCUCAACUCCAACUAAUUUACCAACAAUUGAUCCAUCAUCUUCUCCUAUGUAUUCAACUGGUCCUUCUCCAGUGGUCCAGCUCAUAGAAGAUGAUGAAUAUGAUCAGUCAUUGUAUAUAACAUUUGAUGCAGUUGGUCAGGGAUCUGCUGGCCUCUAUAAUGUAUGUUUCUCUUACUUUGAUGCUAAUUCCAGUAGCUUGGGUUCUGGCUCUGAUACUGAGGCUGUAAACCCUGAAGUGGUUUGUGUUGGAACGUUUAACAUUUCAUCAAUAUCAGUUCCUUCUGUAUCUUCACUCAAUAAUACUCUUGUUGUUAAAAGAUCCAGUGCAUUCACUAAUGGAAGCACAACUCUAACUUGUAUUCCCAGUAAUCCUAGUGCUGUCAUUCGCUGGCAGUAUUUCAAUGGGGUCCCCCUAUGGGAACAGUAUUCUUCAUACUUAUUCUCUCCACCUGGUCUGAAUCACACAUUGACAUUGACUAGCCCGCCAUACGGUAUAUUACUUAUUGAGUGUGGACUUUAUGACCCAGGACUGGUCAGACUAGUCAAUGGAAUAGAAUUAACAAUAGUAUCUGUUUCAAGACCUGUUUCCAUAUGGAACAACAAUAACGAGUUAUUCUCUGAUGCUAUCAUAAACUCAUUUCGUGUCUAUUUUCCUCUCAAUACUCCUUUCCUCUCUCUCCGUUGUUUUGCCGAAGAAGGUCACGGGCAGUUGCAAUGGAGUACGAGGGAUGUGUCCAGUCUACCAGAGACCCUCCUGACAAGUGAUACAGCUCCUGAUCUCUCUGUGAUAGGAGCCGGACAAGAUCUAACUAUUAAUUAUGCUAAUUUUGAUGUUAAUGAUACUGGGUAUUAUGUAUGCAGCUCUGGGGCUAGUGGAGAGAGCUUUGAGGUCUAUACUACACUAAGUAAUCCAUAUUUUAAUGCAACUGCUCCUUCAUUUAUUCGUGCCCCUAUUGGUACUAAUGUCUCACUGGUCAUGCGGUAUGCAUAUGGGUCUGAAGGAUUCAGUAAUAAUGGACAAUCAUUCUUGCUCAGUAUUCGCAUUCAACCAAGUGAUACAAAAUUUUCCUCAUUUUAUGCAGUGAGUAACAUUACACUGCCUAACCUCAGCUAUAGGUUCAAUUACACUUUUAUUGUUGGCGUCAUUCAUACUGGAAUUGCUACAUUUGAAGUGACUCAAAACAAUGCUACAGUUUAUAACAGAUCCAGUCAAUUUUUAGCUAUUACUCCUGUGUUCUCUCCCCUCCCUCCCUCUACUGUGUAUGCAUUAAGUGGAAGAAGAGUCAAUAUCUCCUGCAGUCCUAAUGAGACAGCUGCUCCUGUUUACUGGACUAUAGAGAUUUUUAAUUAUGAAAUCUUGUCUUCAUUGCUUGAUGUGCCAGAGUUUGAUCUCUCUCCUCCUGGUCUUAAUCACAUGCUAGAGUUCAAUCUCACUUCCCCUACAUUCUCCUCUGCUUUUGAUGUGGAUCUUGCCAGUAUUUCUCAAAUGACAUUCACUUGUGGAUUCAGGGAUGGAGCUAAUUUUGGAAUUUAUAAUCCUCGAACAAUCAGAGUUGAUAUUGAACAAGAGAGGAUAUUUAUAACCAAUUUUCGCUUUAAUGUUGCAAAUAACUCAAUUGUCAACUAUUUUCCUCAAUACUACUUUAAUUCAAAGCGUUCAGUAUCUGAUGGUUUCUUUGCCAGUUUCUCGUGCACUGGUGUCCAAGGUGAUCAUUAUCCAGUGUUCAAGGUGGAGCUGUUCAAUGAGACUGGUUUUAUAAGGACAGUAAAUGCCUCAUCUCCUAAUAAUGAGAUCACUGCCUCACCAAAUGGAGAGUUCCAGAAUACAUUGCAUGUAUAUGUUCAUGAUGAGACUAGUGGUAGAUAUUAUUGUGAAUCUUCAGUCAGUGGAGCUUUUAAAUCAUUUAUAGUAACUUCAGAAAACCCAUUCGUUCGUGCAGCCUCAUCCAAAGUGAUCAAUGCUUUCCUUGGAGAAAGUGUUACUCUAUCCUUCCUAGCAGCAGAAUACAGUCGAGGGGGCAACAACUAUUUAAAAGCUAUACCUGUUAUGUUCACAUCAAAUAAUGGCACUGUCAUUAAUUAUUAUAGUUACCAGUCAUGUGAGGAUGAUCCCUGCUAUUAUUAUAGUCUGUCUCUAAGAUCAGUAAGUCCUAGGAGUGCUGGCCAGUAUACUGCUUACCUGGACAAUGAUUAUGAGUAUGAAUAUGAUUAUUCAGCUGAAGUUCCCAAUGACACCAUUACUGUCAAUGUUGAAGUCCCCCAGUUAUUAACAAGUGGCCCAGUAGUCCAAGCAUUAUUGGAUACUCAAAUUCCUCUCAGUUGCAAGCCAAGCGUAGGAUCAUUCCUCAUUACCUGGCAGCACAAUGGUCAGCCAUUGAACUGUGAGACCGAGGAAGGAAUUCCCACUUGUCAGUUCACUAAUAAUCAGCAAGACACUUUAUUGCUCAAUCGUCUCAGUUAUAAUGAUGCUGGAACAUAUACUUGUACAUUGGUGUUGAAUGGCGAACCGAUUGUAUCGCAAAGCAUAGCACUUGGAAUAAUUCAAAAUUGCCCUACUAAUUUUUCUAAUGGUAUACUCUGGGCUGUAACACCUAGUGGAUCAGUUGCUAGGGUUCCUUGUACAGCAGCUGGUCCUCAGUUCCAGUCGGGGUUGUUUGCUACCAGGGUCUGCUCUGAUGCAUCAAGAUGGGAGGCUCCCGAUAUGACCACGUGUCUAUUGAGAGAAGAGUCAAAUAAUGUAGCUAGUGUUUGGGUGACAGUGGACACUAGUAAUGCAACAACUACUCCUAAUGACUCUGUACUGGUUGAAGUGCUUCAAGAUCUGUUAGUGAAUUAUAAUGUGUCCUACAAGUCGGUCAGUCUUCAGUCGACAUACACAGAGACAGGAUCAGCUCUAUUAGAAUUUCGUGUGGAGCUAACAGGAUUCAAUGACACUACUCCUGCACAAUUAAAUCAACUGGUAGCCUCUUCAGCACAGUUUGGAGGUCUUUAUGUCCUACCACAGAGGAGUGGUGUCCAACUAUUUAUAUCUGCAUCCUCUUGUCCUUGCUUACCUAAGGAUACAAAUACAUCAAGUGUUACUUAUCUCUGCUAUGAAGGAGCUACUACUCCAUGCAACUGCAAUAAUGGGGUCUGUCAGUGUGUUCCUCCGUUUGUUGGUGAUGGUAGAUUGUGCACUGUUGAUAGUGAUGGAGACUCAUUCCCUGAUGAACCACUAACCUCUUGUGCUCCUAACAGCACUCUCCAUUAUUGUAUACAGGAUAACUGUAGACGGACAUUCAAUCCAAAUCAAGAUCUCGCUGCUUGUCAAAUACUAGAAAAUUUUGAAGGUUGUGGCUUUGGUAUUGACACUGAAUGGGGGAUAGCCUGGGCCAAUGUACUAGUUGGUGAAGUAGACAGACAACCUUGCCCAGGAGACGCUGCUACUCUUGGUACGGCAACCAAAGCAUGUCUUUCUGUUGGAGUUUGGGGCGAGACUAAUGUAUUGGACUGCUUACCAGUUGAAUAUCAAAAUUAUCUUGAUCAGGUUGAAUCAAUCCUUGACGCUAACAUAACGAUUGAUGAACAAUUGUCACUUCUCUCUGAGCUGGUCUCAACACUAGCUACCUCCACAUCUGAAGUUGUAGAGUCGGCGGAGCUAUUCCUCCCUGGCUCACUUAAUGCUACUAACAAGAUUGUAGACACUGUCAUUGAUGUCCUGUUUGAUAGCCUUGAUGAGGAGAAUGAUAAUAUAUCCAGAAUUGUUGAUGGACUGAAUCUAGUCCAGGUUUUUAAUAGUCUUUUGGAUAGCAGUCAGUUGGCAGCAUGGCAGCAACUGCAACAAGCCCCUCAAGACACUACACUGCGUGGCAGUACUGAGCUCCUUAGCAAUGCUGAGAGAUAUGGGAAAUAUUUGGCUCUAUCUAGGAAUGAGACUACACUGAGGAGGAGACCAAACAUUGUGAUCAAUGCUAAUCAGUACAGUGCUGCCAGUGAGUCAUUGGUUUUCCCUCAGCCUGGUGACACUGAUGGGACGCUGUUUACAUCAGAGAGAGGGGCUGAAGUCUCCAUACCUCCUGAACUACUCAGAGAGAGAAGAAACAGAGGAGACACUACCAUUCCUGUAGUCAGUAUCCUGUUUAAGAACUUGGAGAAUUUCUUAGAAGCUGAUGGAAGCAGUUUUAAUAAUACAAGGCCUGGCUCUAUAGUCUGGUCAGGACAGGUAGCUGGAAUUGCUAGGAACACAGAGUUUCCAAUUUCAUUGAGAUUUAAUGUCGAUAAUUUUACUAACUCAAGUGGGUACAAAUGCGUCUACUGGAAUACAACGAGGAGAGAGUGGUCAAUAGAUGGUGUUAAUACAGUUUCCAGUGUAGUUAAUUCCACCACUGGAAGAGCUACUGUUUACUGUCAAAGCUUUCACUUGACUGCAUUUGCUGUAUUAGUUGACGUCUCUGGAAGCAUAACAGAGACUGGAUCCACAGAGUAUACUGCACUAAAGGUUGUCUCCUACAUAGGCUGCGCUAUUUCCAUUGCUUGCCUUAUUGUGACUGUUGUCUUCUUUCUAAUACAAGGGAAAGCUCUAUUGAGGUCUGUUCAUUUCUUUAUUCAUCUUAACCUAGCCUUAUCAUUGCUAUGUGGAUAUUUCAUAUUUGCAGUUGGAGUGGAAACAGCAAGAAACAGCUCAGGUGGAUGUGCUUUUGUGGCUGCAUUGCUCCAAUACUUCUUCCUCUCCUCGUUCUGUUGGAUGUUAUGUGAGGGUGUCAUGCUUUACCUUAUGCUAGUAAAGGUCUUUUCCACACUCUCUAAGAGAUGGUACUUCUUUCUUAUACUUGGAUGGGCUCCUCCACUCCUCCCUGUUGUCAUUGGUCUUGCUGCUGGUCACAGUAAUUACGGAGUCAAGAAUGAUGAGGGAGAUUUAUUAUAUUGUUGGCUGUCGGUUGAUAAUGGAGUGAUAUGGGCCUUUGUAGCUCCUAUGAUAGUUAUCAUUAUUAUCAAUUCAGUUUUCCUUGUAUUAGCAUUGUAUUCCAUAUGGAAGACAAGGAGUAAUCAAAAGUCUAUUAAAAAGAAAACUGGAGCUAAUAGAGACUUAGCUCUGAGUUUACUAAAAGCAUCUCUUGUACUCUUGCCACUCCUUGGGUUGACUUGGUUGUUUGGCCUGUUGGCUGUCAACAGAAACACGAGUGCCUUUGCAUGGAUAUUCACACUCCUUAAUACUUUACAGGGUGCUGCAAUUUUCUUUUUCCAUGUCGUACGUAGCGAUAAGGUUUGGUCUAAAUUGUCUCCAAGAAUAAACAAGGUGAAGAGAGGACUAACAUCACGAACCAGAACCUACAACUAUAUAUCUACAAGCUCCACAAUGAAAGCUAGUAAAGAUUCACAAUCAUCAAUAUCAAUGGGGACAAUCAAGAAGUCAGUAGUGGAAAAUGACUACUCAACUGCCAGUAGUCUUGGGUUUGCUAAUACUUCAGUGGAGGAUGGUGAUGAUGAGAAAAUUGAAUUGGCUCAACUUGAGGAGAAGAAGAUGCCAACUGAAGAGAAAGUGGAGGAAAUGAGUUUGAGUGAAAGGGCAAAGGAGAAAGAAAAAGAAGCACUUGGCAGUGAUUGAUUAAUUUUUUGUGUGUCACUUUUAAUAAUUAAUUUAU